AUGGGGCUUAUUAAAGACUGUUUGCUAAUGUGGAAGGCCAAGCAUAAAACGGGCAAUCAUCAAGACAUGGACCCUUCAAAUUAUAAGAAGUGGUUAUCUGAAAAACUCAUUCCUAAUCUACCUCCUAGAAGUGUAUUGGUAAUAGACAAUGCUUCCUAUCAGAACGUAGAGGUAGAAAAAUGUCCUACAUCCAAUUCGAAGAAAGCAGACAUGCACACAUGGUUGAUGAAAAAAGGUGUCCCUUUUUCAAACAACAUGUUGAAGGUAGAGCUACUUCAGUUGAUAGAUAUUCACAAAUCUGGCCACAAAAGAUAUGUCAUUGAUGAGAUGUUGGGUGAGCAUGGCCACACUGCGUUAAAACUUCCUCCUUAUCACCCUGAGUUAAACAGCAUUGAACUGAUAAGAGCUAAAGUUAAUUGGGUUGAGGAACAAAAUGUCAGUUUUAAAUUGGACGAAGUUGAAAAUUUGACAAGACAGAAACUUGAAUCAAUUACUACUGAGUUUUGGAAGAAAAUAUGUGACGAUACUAAAACAAUUGAGAGAGAGUUUUUACAAAAUCAGGGUCCCAUGGAAGAUGCAAUUGAUUCAUUAGUCAUUAAUUUAGAAAUUAAAUCUAGUGGAGAAGAGGAAUCGCCUGCUUCGGAAAAUACUGAUGAUUCUGAUGGGAAUAUCUCUGGAGAUGAAGAUGAAGAGUUUAAGUAUGAAGAAAAUUUUUAA